GGAAAUGCAGCAGUGCUUACAGUUCAUUAUAGACCCAGCGCCAAGAACUAAGCUCCAAAGGAAAACCCCUCCAUGAUCCAUCACCCCUCCCUCUUUCAGACACUCGCGAUUCCCGAAUAAAACCAACCCUCGAGUCCUGCACAGUUCCCUAGAAGGCGAGCAGAGGAGGCUCGACUCGCACCCGUUCUCCACGAACUGACGCCAAAGCAACCUCCUUCCCGAUACCCAAAUCCUUCAAGAUCACCAAUUCGCGCCGAAACUCAAUCUGGGCAUCGAUCUGAACCUUGGAAAGCCGAUCAAGAUCGAUCCUUUCGGGCCGUUACGAUGGCGGGGCCGUCGAUGAUGGAGACCCUUUUCCAGCGCACGCUGGAGGACCUCAUCAAGGGCAUGCGGCUCCAGUUGAUCGGGGAAUCGGCCUUCAUCUCCAAGGCCGUGGAAGAGAUCCGCAGGGAGAUCAAGUCGACCGAUCUCCACACCAAAUCGAUCGCGCUCCAGAAGCUCACCUACCUCAACUCGCUCCACGCCAUGGACAUGUCGUGGGCCGCUUUCCACGCCGUCGAGUGCAUGUCCUCCUCUCGGUUCGCCGAUAAGCGAAUUGGGUACGUCGCUGCUUCUCAAUCUUUCAACGAGAGCACCCCGGUUUUGCUUCUCAUCACUAACCAGCUUCGCAAGGACUUGACUAGUGUGAAUGAGCAUGAGGCGAGUUUGGCACUCGAGUGCUUGGCCAAGAUUGGGACGGUUGAUCUUGCUAGGGAUUUAACUCCUGAGGUUUUCACUUUGUUGUCUAGCAGCAAGGUUUUCGUUAGAAAGAAAUCUAUAGGGGUCACCAUGAGGGUGUUUGAGAAAUACCCGGAUGCGGUUAGGGUGUGCUUUAAGCGUUUGGUGGAGAAUUUGGAGAGUUCUGAUCCGCAGAGUUUGUCUGCCACGGUCGGGGUGUUCUGCGAGUUGGCCGCGAAGGAUCCACGUUCGUACUUGCCUUUGGCCCCCGAGUUUUACAGGAUAUUGGUUGACUCAAAGAACAAUUGGGUGUUAAUUAAGGUGUUGAAAAUAUUUGCUAGAUUGGCUCCCCUGGAGCCUAGGCUGGCAAAGAAGGUCACGGAGCCUAUCUGUGAGCAUAUGAGGAGGACUGGCGCAAAAUCACUCAUGUUUGAGUGUGUUAAAACUGUGGUGGGGAGCUUGAGUGAGUAUGAAUCUGCAGUGAAACUUGCGGUUGUGAAGAUUCGGGAAUUGUUAUUGGAAGAUGAUCCAAAUCUGAAGUAUCUUGGAUUACAUGCACUCUCCAUUGUCGCGCCUAAGCACUCGUGGGCUGUGUUGGAGAACAAGGAGGUGGUUAUCAAGUCUUUGAGUGACGAGGAUGCAAAUAUUAAGCUUGAGUCCUUGCGUCUUGUGAUGGCUAUGGUAUCUGAGAGUAACAUAGUUGAGAUUUCCAGGGUCUUGGUCCAUUAUGCUCUUAAAUCUGACCCCGAGUUCUGCAACGAGAUUCUUGGAUCCAUAUUAUCUACUUGUUCCAGAAAUUUUUAUGAAAUAGUAAUGGAUUUUGACUGGUAUGUAUCACUUCUUGGAGAAAUGUCCAGGACUCCCCAUUGCCAAAAGAGCGAGGAAAUUGAGUUUCAGCUUAUUGAUGUUGGGAUGAGGGUCAGAGAUGCAAGGCCAGAACUUGUUCGUCUUGCUCGCAGUUUGCUUAUUGACCCUGCAUUACUUGGAAAUCCUUUCUUGCAUAGGAUCCUAUCUGCUGCUGCUUGGGUGUCUGGGGAGUAUGUUGAGUUCUCAUUGAACCCUUUUGAGCUUGCCGAGGCGCUUAUACAGCCCCGUGCUAGUCUUCUGCCCACUUCAAUUAGAGCAGUUUAUCUGCAGUCAGUUUUCAAAAUUUUAAUUUUUUGUGUAAAUUCUUAUCUAUCUCAAACCGAAACUCUUGCUGAUUUGGAGCCAGAAGUUCCAGAUUCAAUCUCUCAAAGGGAAAAUUCUGAAGCCUCUGAUUUAGCCAGUGUUAGAGCACCUUUUGAGCAUGAGCAUGACGAAGCUUUCAAUCCCGGGGUCUUAGAUAGGCCAUCUACAGAUAAUUCCAUAGAAGACAUUGGCAAUGCAGCUGAUGGUGAUGGUCAGACAUCUACAUUUGUUUCUUUCAGAAAGAAUGGUUUUACACGUGAAUCUAUUGUGAACCUGGUAAAUCUAGUUGAAGUGGCCAUGAGACCAUUAUCAGUUAGCCUUGAGGUAGAAAUGCUUGAGAGGACAUGUAACAUAUUGGGUCUGAUCGAAGUGCUUAAACGAGAAUUGCCUGCUGUGUUCCAGAAUGAAAAGGUUUUGGAGAAAGAAGAACUUGAAGUUCUAAAAUUGAUCAAAUUGAUGAACGAUGCUUUCUCUGAAGAGCUUGGUCCUGUCUCAAUGAGUGCUCAAGAAAGGGUUCCAAUACCAGAUGGUCUAGUUCUCAAGGAUAAUCUUGCCGACUUAGAUGAGGUCAUGGGUGAUGUUGAAUUACCUUCAUCAAGUUCAUUUUCUCUUGAGAGUCCUUAUAAUGGUCAGAGGAUGGAUCCUGCUUCUUGUAACGUGCAAAGCAAGGAAGAUUCAGAAGCAUCGAGUGAAUCCACGUCUCUGCUUGCGGAGCACCGUAAGAGGCAUGGCUUAUAUUAUCUCCCUUCAGAGGGAAAUGGAACUAUAUCAAAUGAUUAUCCGCCUGCGAAUGACCUUAAAUCAGGCGACACUAAUCAGGAUGAUACUGAAGACUUUGUCAAGCUCACCGCUCAAUCGCUUGUGCCAAAGAAAAAGCCAAAUUAUGCAAAACCAAGGCCUGUUGUAGUUAAACUCGAUGAAGGAGAAUCAGUCCCUGUUGUACUGAAGAAGCGAGAUUCAAGGGAUGAUUCACUAUCUGGGGCUGUGCGAGAUAUUCUAUUAGGUGACGAUGCUGUGAAGUUAUCUAGUUCAAUAAAAGGAAAAGAGAAGGUAAAUGUGGAUCCUCUGGACUCGAAAGAGAAUAUGCAUGACAUGGAAAAUUCUAGCCAUCGAAAAUCUAGUUCUAGAAGAAGCAAACAACGGCCCCAUCGAAAAGAGAGAGGACAGACGAGUCCAGAGAAGCUUGGCGUGGAAAAGGAAGAACAUGGUGGAAAAGUGAAGUCGAAGAGUAGUCAUCAUCAUGGCCGGCAGAAGAGCCGACAAAAAGCAGAAGGCUCCUCAGACAUUAUUGCUGAAACACCAGUUAUUCCAGAUUUUCUCUUAUAGCAUUGAAUUAUAUCGGCUUCUUUUGUUGCACAAUGUUAUAGCUGUGAAGAUGAGCAGAUUGAGAUUUUUUUUUUUUUUUUUUGGUUACACUGGCCCAGUGAACUGUGUAAAUUCCGUCUGCCUCCAGUACGCAGAAUUUGCGAUCUCUGAAUACGAAUCUUUUAUUUGCUGAAGCGCAAUUCAUACAACUUGACUUUUGUUGAUGGAAGAAUUGCUUA